UCCAAGAAACAAAAGAACAUCCCACUCGAGCUCACGGCAUAUGGAACAACACCCUCAGGUAAACCACGACUUUUUGUCUGUCAGGUUUGUACGAGGGCAUUUGCACGUUUGGAACAUUUGCGCCGUCAUGAACGGUCUCACACCAAAGAGAAGCCAUUUCUGUGCGGAGUUUGCCAGCGCAAGUUUUCCAGAAGAGACUUGCUUUUACGGCAUGCUCAGAAACUCCAUGCGGGUUGUUCUGAUGCCAUUACUCGGCUUCGCAGAAAAUCCAUUAAGAGAACAGGCUCUCUUUCCACCGGAAAUGACGACGACGACGAUGCUGUCGAUGAUGGUCUAGACGACCCACUUGACGCUGCGCUUGAAGACGGUUCGGCGCAUAAAAACGAACCGGUUGAAUUUAAUCUCAAUCUCUUCAACUCUGCGUCGCUAAAGAAGAUGCCUGGCAAGACUAACUCCACUACAAACACAUCGAUAAUCUCGACGCCGUUGCAGCGGCAAGUAAUUGAUCAACGCAAAAAAGCUGUAGCCAUGUCGCGCAGUCGUAGAGGUGCUUCUUUUUCGGCGCAAUCCGGAGCCAAUUAUGCCAUGGCUUUACCAGAGUUCAAUGACUUGUAUCCCAACACCGAAAACGUCGAGUUCUCCACUCCUCAGUUGUUGGCUACUCUGAUGAACGAUGAAAUGACGUGGCUCAAUAAUCUUUCGUCAAUCCCCGGGUUAAAUGAUGGAGGACGUAAUCACCUGAUAUCCGCCAAUGAUCCCCACGGAUCGUCAGCACUUCCUGUAAAUGUUUCUCAUCAUGGAUCCUUUUCAGCGUCGAGCUCAGCUACCCCACAGGUAAGGUCCGAUAGUAUAAACAGUAUAGGUGGCUUCGAUGCCGGUUCCUAUAUGAUGCCUACGGCCACUAUCACCAACCAGGAGUUCCAGAAAGGAGUUGCCGCUGCCGCUAACAUAGCUGCCCACAACCACGCUUUAUCGGAAGAUGGCUCGAAUGACUUUGGAUACUCUUUCUACGAUAUCCCGGAGACAAUGUUAUCCGGAAAAGCGUUUGAUAGCAUCACUUCCGAGUUGGAACACCAUCCACAACAUAGCGGGCAUCUCUUCAAGUCGCUAACCCCAAUAAAACAGGAACUAGAUGACGAGCUUAUGGAGGAGCAGUUGGAUUACAACGGAAACAACUACAACUCUAGAGCUACUACGAAUACCAAUGGAAACUCGAACUUCGAUCUCAACUUCUUGAACGACAUCGACGAGUUGACCCACGAGUUUGACGUAAACUCCAAGUUCUUGCCCAACGGCUACUCUUUCUACGGCGACAACCCCUCGGCUUCGUCUUCUGGCAUCGAGACCAACUCUCCACCAAACAUAUUAUCACCUUCUACAAAACUUGCCCAAUCGCAAAAGUUGUUCGAUGUCACUUUGGACCACAACCAAUUGCACAACGUCGACAGUAGCUUGACGGAUCAAGCAGCAUUCAACCAACAUAUACAAUCUGCUAAUCAGCAGUUCCAGCAUCCUCAGUUUGCCUUGAAGACCAAAAUGAAGUUAAAAAACUACUCGAAGAAUAAGCUAUUCACCAACAACAUGAGACAUAUGAUCAACAAGUCCUUAGGUAAGUACCCCAUCUCUGGCAUCAUGACCCCCACAAUACCUUCUAACGAGAAAUUGGAGUUUUACUUGACCACCUUCAUCCAAAUCUUCUUGAGCCACUUCCCCUUCAUUCACAUCUCGAAGUUGAACGAAUACGAAAUCAUGAACAUGACAGCUAACGAAGACCUCAAUAACGAAAGUUCUCGUGUCUGUUUGCCACUUUUGAUCGCGACGAUCGGUGCUUUGUUGGCAAACAACAAGAACGAUUCGGAACAUCUCUAUGAAGCUUCCAGAAGGACAAUCCAUAUUUAUCUUGAAAGUAGAAAGAACUCAGUAGCAGAUGAUGCAAGAAAAGAUAAAGAAUCUAACUCUACCAUCAACCCUUUGUGGUUAAUCCAAUCGUUGACCUUAUCGGUUAUUUACGGCUUAUUUUCUGACAAUGAGAACAACGUCUACAUCGUCAUCAGACAGUUGAAUGCCUUGAAUUCGUUGGUUAAGACGUCUAUAAAGAGCAACAGAGUAAUCUUGUUCUCCAUCAAUGGUGAAGAUGAAGAGAUAUUCAACAAACUCAACUCUUCUUUGGCUAACAAUGACUCCACGUCAGCUGCAGCAAAUACUUCAGAAACAGAUGGCCAGUUCGAGAUGUCACUUUUUACAACCAACUUCAACGAUGAGUUGAAGUUCAAGAACAACAUUAACAUUCAAUCGCAAAUCAGAAUUGUCUUUAUGAUCUACCGUUUGACUAAUUUCUUGUUAAUGAUGUACAAUGUGCCUUUGACCUUGAGUAUCAACGACUUGAACACCUUGCUUAUUCCAAAUCAGCACGACGAGUUGUUGUGGGGUUUCAAGAGUUACCAAGAGUUCCAAGAAUUCAACCAGAAAGAUCAGAAGCCACUUGAUUUCUACUUGAAUGGUGGUGAAAAGAUCGUCUACAAGAACUUGUUGUUGUCGAUGACAAUGUCAGAAUCUGACAAUUCCAAAAAAUUGAGCUCGUUGAGUAACUUCGGUUUCAUUUGUGUUGUCCAUGGUUUGUUCGAGAUUAAGCAAUACCAGGAGAUGAAGGAUGUAGAUAUCCUCAAGUGUUUGGACGAUUUGACUAGAUUCUUACCCAGCAUAACCAAGCAGCAACAUGGUCAGAAUUUUGAACGUUUGGACUAUGCCUUGCUCGUGAACUUCGUCAAGAUCUCUUGUUUGGUAGAUUUCAAGUUAGUGAAGGAACAGAGUUGGCUCCGUAACUUUGAAGAAUUGACCAAAAACUACAAUAAAUUCUUGAUCAACAAUAAUGCUUACGGUCCAGAUAGUCAGAUCAAUGAUUAUGACUACUUGAAGAUCGUCGAUUGCUGUUUGAUGAUCAUUAAGUUGGUUCUCUUGAAAACUGAAGAUAUACCCGUGUUCAGUACUGAUUUUGACUUCUUGAAUCAUAACAGCGCCGAUUUCAUGAAUGAUUAUAAAUCUGGUGAGAGUUCAGGAGAUAAGGACAAUUCUUUGGCCGACUUUGAAAAGUUCAUGCAUUUGCGGAUAUUCAACGAAUUCGACAACUCCGCCAACUCAAUACACACCCAGAUGUUGUUCCAUGUGUUCACAGUUUUGUCAGUGUUCUCGAUCUAUAUCGUGAAGAAGAAUAACAGCAGCGCUUCGCCUGUUCGUAAUUACGGAAGUAGUUCACCAGAUUUGUUGUUUGAAUUGAACCACCGUUUCAGCAUGAUCUUGAAGUUGCUCGACAAGAUCGAGAACUUCCUCAAGGUGAAGUACCAAAAUAACCACAACAACAACAACAACAAUAAUAAUAAUACCACUGGCAAUGGCAUUAACGUUAAGUUAGAACAAGAUUUUACAAACUUGUAUCUCUUCAAUGGAAAUGAAGUGUCUAAUAUCCAGAACAAUCAAUACAGUUUAGAGAAGACGCUAUACAUAUUGAAAAUUGGAGAAGCAGUAUUGAACUUCAUCUACGAUUCCAGUAUCAAGGUUUCCAUUUUCAAGAAAUUGAGUGGCAGUUUGUCACAGAUGCGGAAAUUCUUGAUAGACAAUGAAGCCAGAAUAUUGUCUUAG